AUGUCCAGAGCUCCAAAGCGUCGGCGCUACAUGCUUGAGGAAGAAUUUCAGUCUCAAAGUGAGACACAAGACAUCAUGGGUGCACAUGUUUCCCCAGCUGUGGAGGAGGAUGCGUCCUCAUCCUCCUCGACCUGUUCCUCCUCUUUUCCAUCCUCUUUCCCCUCCUCUUCCUCCUCAUCUUCAUCCUCUUCCUGGCAUCCUUUAAUAUUGAGCACCCCAGAGGAGGUUUCUGCUGAUGCUGAGACACCAAGCACUUCCCAGAGUUCUCAGUCAGCCUGUUCCUACCACACUGGCAUUGCCUCCACAUUUUUAAGCCAAUCUGAUGAGAGUUCCAGCAGCCCAAAAGAGGAGAGUCCAAGCACCUUGCAGACCCUGCCAGACACUGAGCCCUUGCCCAGAAAUGAGAUAGAUGAAAAGGUGGGUGAGUUGGUGGAGUUCUUGCUCCAUAAGUAUAGAACCAAGGAGCCAGUUGCAAAGGCUGAAAUGCUCAGUGUUGUCAUAAAAAAUUAUGAGAACCAUUUCCCUGAGAUCUUUAGAGAAGCUGCUGAGUGUAUGAGGCUGAUCUUUGGCCUUGACAUGAAGGAAGUUGAUCCUACCAACCAUUCUUUCAUCCUUGUCACCUCCCUGGGCCUCUCCUACGAUGGCAUGCAGGGGGAUGACCAGGGAAAUCCAAAGAUUGGCCUCUUGAUAAAUGUCCUAAGUCUUAUCUUCACAGAGGGCAACCGCACCCCUGAGGAGGUCGUCUGGGAAGCACUGAGUAAGAUGGGGGUGUGUGUGGGGAAGAAGCACUGCAUCUAUGGGGAACCCAGGAAGCUACUCACCCAAGAGUGGGUGCAGGAACAGUACUUGGAGUACCAGCAGGUGCCCGGCAGUGAUCCUGCGCGCUAUGAGUUCCUGUGGGGUCCCAGGGCCCACACAGAAGUUAGCAAGAUGAAUCUCCUGAAGUUUUUGGUCAAUAUCAGGAGGAGAGAUCCCAGAUCCUUUCCAGUGUUGUAUGAGGAGGCUUUGAGAGAUGAGGAAGAGAGAGCCCAGGCCAGCAUUGUCACCACAGAUGAUGCUACUGCUAUGGCCAGUGCAAGUUCUAGUGCCACGAGCUGCCUCUUCUACCCUGAGUAA